GUUGUUCCUACAGUUGUCAAUGGAGGAAUCCUGGCAUUCUACUUUUGUGUUAUGGGGUAAAGGACUUCUUGCUUGUGGACCACUAGUUGCUCUACUGGCAGAGUAUGCAGGUGCUGUUCUUGGAGUUCUCUCUGCUGCUUUAUAUGGAAGGAAAGUUAACAUCUGGAAAAAGAUUGGUGGACUUGCUGCUAUGCUGGUAGCAUAUUAUCUCUUGUCAAAUGGAUGGUCUACAAGAACACAUUCUCCUUUAUAUAGCUUCGGAAGUGAACCAGUGGAGAAGGCAAGACAAAAUAUUGGAGUGAAAGAAAUGGUGGUGCCAAUUACCGCUGGGAUCUUAUCUUCUUUGAGGAGAGUAUUAGCUCGGCGUGUUUCUCUCAAGAAUCAACUUAAAAGGCGGCUCCAUGCUAUAACUAUUGCUUCUGCUACUUGUUUUCUUUUUCCGUUUGCCAUGUGGGAUACAAUCCUAGGCUCGGCAUCUGACAGCAUAGUUAAAUUUCAACUACCAAGUUGGGCAUACUUGAGUACUGUUUUGUUUGGAAUGGUGCUUAUAUUCUAUGUUGACAAUGUUGCUGAAGAAAAGUUGCAUCUGGUCUUCUCUUCUCCAAGGCACUUAAUGGUUUCAACAGGUUGCAUCAUCGUGUUGGAGAUAGUGUACCAAAUGGAUUUCUCCCUUUUAGGAUUUCUGGUCUGUUCUGUUAUUUUGGGAUUCGGUAUUUUUGAAGCAACCUCCUUGGAUCGCUCAAAGAAAAGCCCUUUAGAGACCCAUGAACUAUCGAAUGGGGUGUUCCACAAUCAAUUGCCGAUUUCAGAACUUCCAAGCUGA